UCGUAUGCAUCCAUGAAGCUGAUCGCUUGGCUGCCGGUUUUUUAUUUUGCGACACUUCCGUGCGACUGUGACCGUUGCCGCUUAUGCUUUCCACGGCAUCAUCAGCCCGAAUGGCCGCUGCAUCGGCCUGAGGAACCGGCGCAGCCGCAUCUUGUGGCCACGACGAACCAACCGCCGACGACGCUUGGCUAGCUUCGCCGCCCGCCCUGCUUGUAAACAUGGCGGACGUCUCUGUCAAACGAGUGGAGGGCGAGGAGGAUGCAGCAGCUGAAGACACUGCAGAUGCCAUAGCGGCAGCUGACCUGCAGACCACGCCAGCGCAGGCAGCCGGGCGCCGCACGCGCAAACCCGUCCAGCCCUUGGGGGGUGUGGUGACGCGGAGGACCUCGGCUCGACAGGUGGCGUCGUCGGCAUCCCGUGCAACCGCAGCCACCGAAAGCAGCAACAGCACGCCACGAGGACGCGCAACGCGGCAGGCAGGGCCCCGUACGAGGGCCACGCCCGCAGCAGCCGCGGAGGGUGACGCAGCGGCCGGCACCACGCCGCAGCGCGCCAGUGGCAGGGGCACCUGGAAGCGCAAAAAGUCUGACGCGGAAGAGCUCUCCACAUCGGAGCCUGAGAUGGAGCACGACGACUCCGAUUCUGAUCCGGUGUGGGUGCCAGACGCGACGGCAGGCAGCAAAGGUGCCCCCAGCACCGAUGCGGAUUCGCCGACGGCAGCGAAUGACGGUGCAGAGCCUGUAACAAAGGUGGCGCGUCGCGGGAAGCCGGCGAAGGCGACCAAGGCGAAAGCCGGAGCGCGGAAAGGCGCGGCAACGGCGGGAAAGAAACCAAACGGAGCCUCGAAGAGCGAGGCUGGAGGGGGAGGAGGUGCGGCCAAAGGAGGGCGGCGCAGCACUGCACGCAAGACAGAACCGGUGCCGAGCAUCGACCUGGGCAGCAGCGUUGCAUCACCCGAUUCACUUCAGCUCAAGGUGGAACUGCCCAAUGAGAGUGAAGAGGGCGGCCUCGCUGGCGGGGUCAAGCGGGACUACACACGCCGGCCCGUGACCAACGCCAGCACGUGGAGGACACCGGUGCCCGUCGUAGUGACGGAGCCGAGUGCGGCCAGCACGGGAGAGCUGCAACCGGGCGACUAUAUCAUCGCAGUGGCCGACGUGCACCGCUCGCGGCCGCCCAUCUGGCGCAUCGAGGGACGUUCACUGCUGCAACGCUUCGAGGCUCUCGAGACGGGCGAGGACACAAUCCUCUACCGCAACAGCUCCUCCUUCUCAGCGUGGAACCCGCUGGAGCAGUCCAAAUACGCCAACAUAUCUGUGCGGGUGCACUCCAACAGCCGGUCAGCCACCGUUGUCGAAGUGCUCGAGAUCCACGCCAGUCCAAACUCCAGCCUCGCCAAAAAUGGUGGCACGGAAGCCAGGUCUGCGGCAUGUGGUGACCAGCAGCCCAACCUGGAGGAGAAGUUCGAAGUGUACCUGCAGACGCUGCUGAGCCACGUGCUCGAUCCUAACUUCCUGGCCGAGGUGCACCGUGAGAACGAUGAGUACUUCCUCGCCAACUUGCAGACGGUGGACGGUGAGAAUGAGCGCCGAGGCUCCCAAAUCCGGCAGCCUCUUUGGGGGCCCAAGUUGUGGGACGCCAUCAUCAUGCGGCCCCAUGUGCGGAUCACCGACCGUCGGCCCGAUGAGGGCGCAGCGGCCGUAAAGAGCGAGGCUGAGAACUCGGCGGGCGAAGAGGUCGUGGUGGUGAAAAGCGAGCAGCCUGUCGGUGAAACGCUCUGCGAGGCGUGUGGGAAGGAGAUGGCUUCGCGAUUGGCCCAGUUCUCUGGCGAGCCUUACAACAUGCUGGACCUGUCUGUGGAACCCCACGGUGAAUACACGCCGGGGCAGUGCAGCUUCCAGUUGUGCGCCUCCUGUGCUGACCCCCUUCCUACCUUCAGUCAGCUGUACCACUACAAGUACCACACCUUCCAUCGAUGCAGGGAGAAGAUUGAGCGUUUGAAAGAGGAGCAGAAGGUAACCGAGUCGCAUAUCAUCCUCGAGCGUUGCCUGCAGGACGACGCAUGGGUCAACCAGAUGUAUGCCGACCUGCAGAAGCUGUGGCGGACAUGCACACUCGGGCCCAGUUGACCGGCUUAUUCAUCCACCAGCCGCGGCCAGCCUCUCUGGAUUUUCUCGUCUGUUGUCAUCAUCGCUCCCAAAGCCUGCUCCUUCAAACACAGUGCGCGCUUUAUGUGUACAGUCAUGUAUGUUUAUUUUAAUAUUUUUGUUCGUCUAUUCACUUUACUCAUGCCUCCCCCCUUUUCCCCCACGAAACGAGGAAAGCUUUUUCCUGGAUUUGCCCUAGUGUCCCAAACCACGUGGCCUUGUUGUCCCUUCACUGUCAUUCAUGCAAGCAUCACCGUCUUUUUGCUUAGUGGAAGCAACACCUCAGUUCUUCACCGUCUGCCGCUCGCAAGAGUUCAUUAGUGAAGCGGGGUGCAAAGUAACAGAGUCGUGAGCAAAAGUGUAGCAAAGUAGUAUCUUCAAGUCGGCACUUCACUUUCGUCAUGAGACUUGAUAUAAUGGGGCUAGUUCGCUUUUGGUUGCAAUUCAUCAUAUGCAACAGACAGGCUCCAGCUUGUAUGGUGAUGGUUCCCUUCACCUGGGUGCAUGGUGUAGUCUUCCCUGGAGCAUAUCGGUACAGAAACCAGCUUUGUUAGGCCUUUCUUCCUUACCCCAUCUUGCUUCUGGUGUGUUCUUUGUGGUGCACGCUUAAGAUGCGUCAUGUUAGGUCUAGACGCGAUGUGUUGCCCGGUGGUGUGCUGUGAAUUUCGCAUGUACGAUUUGUGCAUUCCAUGCUGUUUUUGUUGUGCAAUGAUCGAAGAGCACGAUAAGUCUAGGGAAUGACUUGAGUCAUGUAACUUUACUGGUUUGGUGGCUGCUCAGCCUUUUUUGAGGUCAUGGCUGGCUUUACCCAGUGAAUUUGCUCAUCCGAAGGUGGAUAUGCCCCAAAAGCGAAAGAUCACAAGCACACAUCCAUUCUCUUUUUUUUUUUUUCAGCCUCUUAGUGGGUGCCAGCUUGUCAGCAGACUUUAUUAGGCUCUCCCAGGGUGUUUGGCACCAGACGUGUGCACCAUAAGGGGAGGGUGUUGGUGUGGAGAUGUUACUGAAACAGGACACACUGUGCACUAUUCCCCCACCUCCUUUUGAGUAUGCAAGUGCCAGCAAAUUUCCAGUGGUCCAGCUGUCGCAGUUGUUUUCACACCUCAAUAUCAGUUUGCCGGCACCAUGCUUUCUUCAUUAUGUGAACCUCUCCACUGUCCUUCCUCUUCCUCUUGCAAAGUUGUUUUUGGUAUGGCAACGCAGCAGAACUGUAUUGCCGUAUAGGCCAAUAUUUACGACUUCUAGCAUGAGAAAGAGUGCACACGAACAAAAGUAAUAUACAAUAAUGAAAAUUUGAAAAGGUUUUGUGGGGCAAUUGUAAAUCACUGUAAAAGAACAAAGGGAAGGAUGAAUAACGUUAUCCCAAUGAAUCCAAUGAUUAUCCCAAUGAUUUAGGGAACGAGCUAGGACUGUAGGCACACUGCAUUGUGCAGUGCUUGAGCACGUCAUUUUGAAUUAAUCGUGCGAUUUGCUCCGCUGCCAUAUCACUGUCUAGUGCGAACUCACUGUCAGUAGCUGACCAGCGACUUGUUUCCACCAUAGACUGAUUUCUCGGCAUCGCAUCCCUAAUAUCCAGGUUUGAAAAUGAUUACGUUUGUCAUAGAACGUCACUUGGCGGUGCUGGUAACUCAUUCUUCCCACGGAACAAUGAAUUCCCAUGGGUUUGACUUUACUUCACCACUCAUGGCACUACUGUGGUCCUUCCAUCACAUAACACGUCACCAUUCGACUCUUAACACGAGGUUUCAUGUAUCUGAUUGGGCUAAAAAAUGGCAGCUUGGGUAUUGCAUCACUGGUGUUGUUUUUCGGGCUAGCUUUGGCUUCCAUACCCGGAUAUUUUCUCCCCGUUAUACCAUUCCACAAACAUCACAAAUAUAGGUGGUUAGAACCUAGCAAAGUUUACCGUGGGGGAUUGCAGAUUUUUUUCCAUAUGAUGUACAAAGCAUACAACUACACCUUGUAUUAAAAAAGUAGUUGGAAUAGAAUCUAUGGUAGUUUUAUUAUAUGCGAUAAGUAUGCAUUCGUUAUGUGCUGAUCUCGGCAAGAAAAGAAUUUAUGCGUGCUUAAUCUGACAAUUUGUUACACUCAAACUUCAAUAUAACGAAUUCAAGUAUAACGAAUUGGUUAUAACGAAGUAAGCGACCACUAGCUUUGCCAUAAAUACAGUGUUACAAAUAAUCGUAUAAUAAAGUAUUUUCGCAGUAGAUGCGACUUUGUUAUAAUGAGGUUUGAGUGUAUAUCUACUGUGUGUUAUCUACCGAUUUUCUCACAGGAUUUUUUUUAUGCUUUAAUUAUGUCGUUAUUUUGUGUUUAGAUGGCAUUUAGACGAAGCUUCAUUUAUUGAGAAGAGAGACAUUUCGGAACCUUGGAAUUUUGGUGCUUUGCACUUUUUUGGCGGCUUGUGAUUGCUAGUGGCUGGUCUUUAUUCUCUUUGUUAAUGGGGUUUUCUAAAAGUGCUGCUGACUGUAAGCCACGCCCUGUUAUAACCAUUGUAACGUUCGCUCGGUAAACGAAUUGCCUCUUUCAAAAGGGACGCCACCGGGGCAACUGAUAAGGUAUGGCUUAUAGGUUUUCUUCAUGGCCUAAUUAAUAUAUCGGACCGAACCGAACUGCAACAAAGGCUGAACCUCAUUCUUGCUUGGAUUUUCUGCCCAAUUGCUGGUCUCUUGGUGCUUUAAUGGGUUCAGGUAACCGGUUAUUGUGUGAGCUAAGGUGCCGACAGGUAAUGCUGGUCCGUGUUACUAGUUGGAACAUGAAUAGCAGUUCAUUUGAUUUCGGUUUGUACCAGAACUCACUUUCUGUACAGAUAAAUAAAUUUCUAUUUGUAUGCAAAAUUUUUCAUAUGUAAAAUUUUACUAGUCAUAUGCAGGUCAGGCAACUGUCUACAAAAUGUGGAGGACUGCCAUAAACUUUGCUGGCUUUUUAUUUAGCUUAAGCAGUUUUGGUAUUGUCACCAGGUUAAUUGGCAUACGAAUAAUUUUGUCACACUCUUUCCAACAAAUCAGUGAAGGGGAAUUCAAUGUACCAGAUUUUGUUGGUUGUGCAAACCGACUCCAGCAUGAUUACUUGCAUGACUGCAACAGGUAGAUUUAAAAACUCUGGUUUCGUUAUCUGUCUGGUCUCGUGUGGCAUUCUAAGGAGAGAACAUUCUAGGGAAAUAUGCAGCAUGCCCAGUCUUUGCAUGUUUCAAAGACGGUUAUCUAUAACUGGUGCUAGCCGCAGGCAUUUGUAACAGUGUCGAAGAUUGGCAUGGUCUGGCGUUUAAGUAGUUUGUGCCGUUGAGUUAAUUGUAAAAAAAUUAUUACAGAAACUUUUGUGCCCUUGACUGCUCUCAUGGCAUCAUGUGAACCAUGUCAUUGCAAAAUGUUAGCUUGACCUAAUAUUUUCCCGUGGUGUCCCUUUAACGUACCGCUUUGGUGUUGUGGUGUUGCCUUUAGUGUUGUGGGGUCAAACAUCGUUGUGUCAACAAGACUGUUAACUGUACCUGUGUGCUUGUAGAUAGCUUUUUUGAAACUGCUUGGAGACGAACAGCUCUGGUUUCUAUGAAAAAUUUUGCAUGGAGCAGUAUUAUAUUGCCAGAUGUGGUACAUAGUUUGCGUGCUGUUGUUUCAUUCACGGAAGUUACGCUGCAUACAAAAGAGAACUCGCAAGGGAGGCUGCUUUUGAGUGCUGGCAUCGUGUUAUGCGCUUAAUUUACAUGACUGUUUCAUUGCUUCAUAAGCACCGGCUGUUUUGUCUGAAGUGUAAUUUGGAGGCAUGUCAAAGACUUUUCAGUUGAACAUGUACGUUAAGCUGUUAAACUACUGCUGUUUCCUCUUCACAGGCCUAAGUAGCGGGCAUUUUGAAAAAAUUAUAACAGCUGCAAUCUAUAAAUGCUCUGCACAUUUUCACGGUAGUUUCCUGGUUUAAUGCCCUUGACAAGACUAGAAACACUGCUGACACUCGUUAAUCACGCCAAGUUUUCCUUUUGAACCUGUCGCAUUGUUGUUGUGCACGCAACUGCUGGUGCUUAAAGCAAUUUGAAGUGCUGUUCGUUUGAUUAGCGCUGCCUUGAGAUGUCCGUAUGGUCGCUGUGUAAUACUCCGUUUAAUGCAGUACGGGCGGCAAGCUAUUGGAUGCAUGGGCACACCAUAGCGAAGUGUCUGGGUGCACGACUGCCUCUCGCAUUGCUGGCAUAGUUUCGGUCAUUUGCCAGCUGUGCCGGGUACGUGUGCUAAAGCUCUCUAUGUUGCAUUGCAUUGAUGCAUGGCACAUUGUGUUUGGAGGAUUGGGGACUUUGAAUCGACGGCUGCUCUUUGUCAGCUCUCACUAUUCGUCUGAUCCUUUACAUUUGUUUGAUUAGCUUUUAUCUCAUUUAUAUUGUUGUUUUGUAUCUUUUGUUUUUUAUUCAGGAAUUUCAAUGCACGCAUCUAUGUCAAUAGCACAAUAACUGAACUGGACAUCUCUAGCCUAUAUGGUAUUUUUUUAUGUUGGCUUUAGCCACACAUUGCAGAGGAGGUUUGUGGAGCAGCUGGUUUUGUUUGUGCAUCAUGUAAGAAGGGAUAAAUAACCGCGCGACUGUAAUGUUUGGCUGAGCGUUGCUAGGCUCCUCUAGCAUAGUGGUAAAAGCGUAGCUUGCAAUGUGACAGUUAGGAAAGUGAUCCACGCAGCCAUUUCUUGACGAAAUGCUUGGUGCAUCCUCGUAUGCUCCCGUGUCUGAUCUUUUUAUGCAUAUUGAUAUUUCGUGCGUGGCAAAACAUAUCUUCAGAGUGUCGAACACUGCGGCUGUUGAACAAAGAUGUCUUCAUAUGUUGUGCGCAUGAUGGCCAAAGGACGGGACAGACGACAAUGCCUCUGUAAGAUUACACUCAGUUGUUUGAGUUGUAAUUUUUUUCCAUCGCUCUGAGCCUCAAUUCUUCCUGAACCUUCGUAUCGUUGUAAGCAGGUGUAAUUGAUUCUUUCAUGCAGAACAAUAGGUUACUGCAUCCUGUAACUGUGAAGCAACUUAUUUCUUUUCCCAGUAACUGUGUGCGCUUCAAAUACCUUCAUAGCAGCUGUGAAGUGCACUAUCUACAUUUAAUAGAGUGAGAGCAUUCACUGGGAAAUCAAUCGGCAUAGUCUCAUGUUGGAGUGACUUUUUUGCAAAGUAGUUAGAUAAUGCCUUGUUUUGAGGCAGAUUUUGAGCUUUAUGAUAUAAAGAUGUUUUCAGCGAAUGCUACCUACCAAUUAAGUCCACCAUGGGUAAGAUUUUUGUUCAAACGUGAGAUCAAAUUGCCUACAUCUUUCUCGCCAGCUGAUGUCACUGUCUCAGCUAAAAGAGUAUACUAUCAACGUAUGAGACUUGUUUCAUGACUCUCUGAAUUCAUGUAUGUCAGUUUUGUUAGGUUCGUCAGUAUUCAGGCAUUCAAAGUAAGGCACGAAGCUACGGUUCAGUAGUGGGCACAAGUUAUGUCAAGUGCCGGCCGCCUAAACCUUUAUUUUAUCAGAAGUUCUGAAAAAAGAAAGUGACCCUAUGCGAUUUGCAAUUCGGCAAUAUUGGUUACGGCGUACCACAUUGGUGGCAUCUGUCCUGUCUUUUUUGGCAGUUUUGGGGCUCUCAUUAUCCUCUGCUCUGCUUUUGCUCUCUGCUCACCAUGCUCAACAAUUUAGUCCCUUCCCACCAGCACGGUUGGUGCCGCUACCAGAGUUACCCUGUAGCUUGACAUGAUCACACCUUCGUGCUCUCGUGUUUGUGACUUGGCUUCAAUCCUGUUUCAAGCUAGAGUCCUAUGCAUGUCUGUGGGACAUUGUGUACAUAUGAGUAAUGGGAGUCAUUUGUAAGUUUUGGUUCUCGCAGCGUCAUUCUCUCUUGACUGCCAGCUAAUAGGGAUUUAACUUGUCCGCAACGGUUAAGCAGCUACGAUUUGGUGGGACCCUCCUUGUCAAAAACAAAAUAUGCAUAAGGGCAUUCUACGAAGCGUUGACUCCUUGCUCCCAAAGGGUGGCUGUAGUUUUGCUUCAUUUGCAGUGAUGAGUUCGAUUGCAUUUUGCUUGUUUUCAUUUGUUCCGUUGUCUCGGCUGAGGACAUGCCGCAAUUGUAUAAGCUGCGAUAUAAGAUUUUUUUUCGCUAGUAGUUUUUACUGCGACACUGCAUCAAGCUUGCUGCUACGCAUUGCACUUAAAAAGCUGUGUUGUGGACAAGUCUGUUGUGCUCUUCGUGAUUUUAUCAAUCAGUGUUGUACGAAUUUUUAUGCAAGCAUUGCUUUAUUUCUAGUGAUUGCUGUAUUGCUCACUGCAUCUGCCUUUUUCACGCUGAAAUAUUUGCAAAAGAAGCGCUUCUUUUCCAUUUCCCACUACCCCCCCUCCCCCCUUCUUUUUUUUUCGUUGGUUUAGCCAUGCCUGACCUUGGCUAUGCUGCCCUUGAUGCUCUUUUCUAUCUUUUCGGAAAUUGACAGUCGAGGAUGAUCCGCCUCGCUACUUUAUGUGAGCUGUAGGCAGUUUCGUUAGUGCCACCGAGCAACCCGGUUGUUUGUAUCCCUUUUCGCCAACUUUGUUCUGCAUUCUAGCCUUGCAAAAGCAUCUAUGUCACACCAUGGUCAAGAGUGUAUUCGUACAAGUGAUUCUACUGAUGUUCUUUUUUUAAACAUGCUGUACUUCUUUUUCUUUUCCUAGCCAGUAGUGGUCAGGGGGAAAUAAAGCAUGUCACAUAGUCCAAA